CUCUCUCUUUCUUCUGUCAUUUUUUCCACCUUUUCCCUUUCUCUUCUUUUUUCUUUUUCUUUUUUUCCCCCCACAACAAUGUUGCUCUGGUACAGAGCUUUGUUGCGGUGUGGUAUUCUGUUGUCUUCUUACCGCCCAAUGAGCUACCGCCUUCGCUACUGGCUGCAUCGAUCUGGAUCUUCUGCCGUCCGAACGCUUUUCGUCCUCCUUCGUCGCGAGCUUUCACCUUCUUCUCCUUUCCAAGAGGUCCCGUCUUCGUUGUUGGUUGCUGGUUUAGGAUCUUAUGCCGUUCGCCUGAGUUCUCUUCCUCCUCUUUCGCCCGGUCGUGGAUAUCUUGUUCCAGACGAUGUCUACAAGGGGUUGGUGAAGAUUGGAAUUCCACUUGACUCUCCUACAUUCUACACUGUCUGCGAGGCUGAAAAAGCUGCUUUUGAUGAGGCAGAAAAUAAGAGAGAGGAGGAGGAAGCAAAGGAUGACCCAGUUGAUUCUGAUGCUGAGGAAGGCGAUGAUGAUGAUGCUGCUGAUGAAGCAGAUAGUGAUGAUGCAGACCCCAAAUCAGAAACAAAGGAAGAUGUUACUGCCGCAGCUGAGGAAAAUGUUAAAAACGAGCUGUAGGAAAAUACGUACGAGUGCAGUUGUUGGCCGAACAUGGUGCUGCGAAGAAGAGCUUUAUUGGCAACUGAGCUUUGGACAUUUUCAUUUUCCUUUUAGCUUUUAACUGUAUAAUUGCUGUUUAGGGGAAAAAAAGGAUAUGGAGGCUGCAUGAACUUGGUGUUGCGAUACUUCUUUAUUCUCAUCUGGCUCAGCCAUUAGAACCAAAAGAGAAACAUGCCUGUUUUAGUUUUAGAUUUAUGAACAGUUGGACUUGGAACAUUAGCAUUGUUAAGAUUGAUUUAUUUCGUAGCUUUCAGCAUUAGUCUGACAUGGAUGCUCUUUCA